AUGGCACGGCCCCUCGAAGGAAAGCUCGCCAUCGUCACCGGCGGCUCUCGUGGCAUCGGCGCGGCCGUGGCCGAGAACCUCGCCUCCAAAGGCAGCAACGUGCUCCUCAACUACACCUCCUCCUCCUCCACGGAACUCGCCACCUCCUUCGCAAAGCAGCUCUCCACCACCCACCAAAUCCUCGCCGUGCCCGCCCAAGGCGACGUCGGCACUCCCGCGGGCGUAGCCGCCCUCCUCGCAACGGCCAAGACCAAUUUCUCCUCCGCCUCCAAACCCCUCCAAAUCGACAUCAUCAUCAACAACGCCGGCAUCGCCCGCAACGCGCCCCUCGAGCACGUCACCCAAGACGACUUCGACGCCACCUACCGCGUCAACGUGCUCGGCCCCAUCCUCGUCGUCCAGGCCGCCCUGCCGUACUUACCCCACGACCGUUCCGGCCGCAUCAUCAACCUCUCUUCCGUGUCAUCAUCCACGGGCUUUGUCGGCCAGUCGGUGUACGGCGGUACCAAGGCCGCGCUGGAGGCUAUGACGCGGACCUGGGCGCGGGAGCUGUCGGAGCGGGCGACGGUGAACGCGGUGAACCCGGGCCCCGUGGAAGGGCCGAUGUAUGCGUCGAAUACGCCGGAGUUUUUGGAGGGGAUUCGCGGGUGGGUGAUGCAUACGCCGCUGAUGCGGGCGAGGGAAGGGGUGGAUGCGGAGGAGGUGGUGCGUGAUGCGAAGGAGAGUGCGGGACGGCCAGCGUAUACGAAGGAGAUUGCGGGGGUGAUUGGGAUGUUGGUGGGUGAAGAGGCGGGGUGGUGUACCGGGCAGGUGGUGAGUGCUAAUGGGGGGAUGUUGAUGCACUGA